AUGGUUGUGGAAGAAAGAGUUGACCAACAAGUCAAGCUGAACCGCUGGGAGCGCCUGACGAUGGUGUUGCUGCAGCAUCAAGAGGACCAGGCCGUUGCUGAGAUCGCAGAGCAGAGGCAGCGCAAUAUGCAUUUGGUGAAGCAAAACCAAGAUCUUCAUAAGACCAUCGAUCUCCUUCAACAGGAACAGAAAAAGGCCGAAGUCCAAGUAGUCGAGACGCAAAAUGAGGCGAAAGCAGCGCAGGAGAAAUUCCGCAAGAUCCACGCUGGACUGUUGGAGCGUGUUCAAGUGGCAGAGCAGAAAUGCGAGAAGAAGGAGGAGGAUAUCAAGCUUUUACGCGAAGAGAUUGAAGAGCAAGAGCUGGAAAACAGUCAGUUCGUGAUGAAAGCUUCGUCCCCUAGGCUCCACCGAAACGAAUAUGUGGAGCUGGACCAUGACCUGCCUACGCUGGUGAUCCCUGACUCGGGUCCAGGUUUCCCCAGCCCACGGAUAUCCUCAGAGCCGCAGCUGGUACAACAAGCAGCGGCACAGAUUCGAAGAAAUUUGGCUUUGCAAAGGCGAAUGACUGGGUUGCUCAACUGGCGCUCCGAGACAACAGUUGGGAAGUUGCAGACUGACUUGGUCAUGGCUGGAUCCCCCGAGUUGUUGGGCCGAAGCGAAUGGAUCGCACCCGAGGUCCAGGAGUCCCUGCUGCAGCUGCGCAGCGAAUUGGAGGCAGAGAGGCGUCGGAGCAGUGAGGAGGCAGAGGAGUAUGAGGAUCACAUCACCAAGCUAGAAGAGAAGUUGACCCAGCUCCGCAGCAAGAGCCCUCCUAAAUCGCCCUCGCGUUCGCGAGCGUCCGCGCGGUUCUUUGGUGAGAAGUUGGCGGAAAUCCAGCGCGAACGCGAGAGCCGCAGUGUGCCUACAUUCCCAGCAGCUGAAUCAGGGAUCUCGACACAGAGGCUCUCAGCCCCUCUGGCGGGCUCGGCGACCUUUUCAGAGGACUUCCAGGCACCUGAUGCGCCAACUGCAUCACUGGAGUCGAAGUCUCGAUCCCAAGAGGAGCAUCAUGAGUUGCUGCGAAAAGCGGCAGAAGUCACCUGCGACGCAGAUGUCUUGUUGUCCGAACACCUCGCGGAGCGAACCAAGUCAAGGGAACAGGCGGCACAGUUAGAAGCUACCUGCGCACAGCUACAAGAGAGGCAUGCUCAGGAGCUGUCAAACGAGAGAGCUGCCUAUGAAGAACUGAACAGAAAGUUGAAGCAGCAAGGACUUGAUUUGCAAGAAGAGGCGGCCGAACGCGCGCUGCAGAGGAGCAUCACCUCUGAAAUGGCUGUGCAUCAAGUGGAAUGCGACAGUCUACGACACGAGCUGCACCUGCAGAGUGAGUUCUUGAAAUCUGAGGAAGAGGCCGCCGCGAAGUCUCGUCAGGCAGUUGAGCUCGACCAAAAGGUACAUUUAAAACAGCUCGAGGAGAAGAACUCGGAAGCCCAAAGGAGCAGUGCGUUGCUUCGGUCUGAGUGCGAAGAACUGUCCACAAGAACGGCGGAGGGCCAUUUGUUGGUGUCGCAAUUGGAGAUGCAGUAUCAGGUGCAGGAACAUCAGCUGGAAGAACUUCAAUCCAUGCAGUUGGAGAAGCACAAGAACCUGGAAAUGUCGGAGAAGGCGAGAAGGAGUGGCGAAGAGGAAUUGGUAGAGUACAAGUCUCUCUUCGAGCAGAGGAAGCAACAGCUGGAAGAGGAGAAGGUGGAGUUGCAGAAGACCAUUGAAGAUUUGGAGGAAUCUGAAGGGAACUGCCGAGAUCUACUGGAAGAAACACUGGCGAAACUGGCGAAAGAGAAGGAAGCAAGACUGGCUCUUGAGAUGAAGCCGGAGCAGCUUGCUGGUCCUGCCACAUUGGCCACUGACGACGUGGUCAGAGACGAUGGUCCAACGUUGGCGGACCGCGUGGCAGUAUUGAUGCAACGAAAUGUGAACAUUCAAAGGCAGAUGGCUUCACUCUUGGAACAACAAAUGGCGGCCCGUAGCGAGGUGAGCGAGGCGGCUCCUGAGAAACAGUUUGGAUCACCAUCCAAAGAGGCAGCAGAUAAUGAUCAACCAGAAGAGCGCAGCAAGAGUCGCACGAGAACUCGCCAGUCCCUGCGGGUUUUUGGGCAACACGUGCUGAUGGAGCGACAAAGCCGCCGCGGAGUCGGAGACGACGUGGUCCCCGGCAGGGAUCAAGCCAGCAGCGCAGGUGCAAAAGAGGAGCCCGAAAAGGGGCCCUCGGUGGAGCCUGUGGCCGUAUCGCCGGCCACGGCGCUCCGAACCUUCUCGAUGAUGGCGCAGCGGGAGGCAGAAGAGUUAGAAAAAGUCUGGCGAGAGAUGCAAGGAGCAACGGCAAGAGAACUGGCUGAAGAACGUGCCAAGACUACGGCCUUGAGACUGGCGCUGCAGCAACGAGGUGAAGAAAUGCAAGAGGAGCAGCAAAGGCUCGUGGGCCUAGAGGCAGAGCUGGAGAGGAAAGUGCAGGCUGAGCUGAAGGUGGCUGAAAGGCAGCAAGAUUUGGAGAAACGCAUCCAGACGAUGCAGAGCAAAGAACACGAAAAGGAUGCGCUUGCCAAAGAAAAGAUUGAACUGCAGCAGCGCAUUCAGAUGCUAGAGGAUGCUGAGCAGAAGAAGCAAGAGAUUGAGAAAGAAAGAGAGGAGUUGAAGCGCCGCAUUCAGAUGCUGGAAAGUGCAGAGGAGGAGAAGAAUAUCUUGGAAAAGGACAAGCAAGAUUUGGAGAAACGCAUCCAGACGAUGCAGAGCAAAGAACACGAAAAGGAUGCGUUUGCCAAAGAAAAGAUUGAACUGCAGCAGCGCAUUCAAAUGCUAGAGGAUGUUGAGCAGAAGAAGCAAGAGAUUGAGAAAGAAAGAGAGGAGUUGAAGCGCCGCAUUCAGAUGCUGGAAAGUGCAGAGGAGGAGAAGAAUAUCUUGGAAAAGGACAAGCAAGAUUUGGAGAAACGCAUCCAGACGAUGCAGAGCAAAGAACACGAAAAGGAUGCGCUUGCCAAAGAAAAGAUUGAACUGCAGCAGCGCAUUCAGAUGCUAGAGGAUGCUGAGCAGAAGAAGCAAGAGAUUGAGAAAGAAAGAGAGGAGUUGAAGCGCCGCAUUCAGAUGCUGGAAAGUGCAGAGCAUGAGAAGAAUAUCUUGGAAAAGGAAAAGCAAGAUUUGGAGAAACGAAUGGAGAUUAUGCAGAGCACAGAGAAAGAAAGAGUUGCGCUGGCUAAAGAGAGGAUAGAAAUGUAUGAACGCAUCCAGAUGCUAGAGGAUGCUAAGAAGGAAAAGCAAGCCCUGGAAAGGGAAAGACAAGAGUUGAAACGCCGCAUUCAGACGCUGGAAAGUGCAGAGCAGGAGAAGAAUAUCUUGGAAAAGGAUAAGCAAGAUUUGGAGAAACGCAUCCAGACGAUGCAGGGCAAAGAACACGAAAAGGAUGCGUUUGCCAAAGAAAAGAUUGAACUGCAGCAGCGCAUUCAGAUGCUAGAGGAUGCUGAGCAGAAGAAGCAAGAGAUUGAGAAAGAAAGAGAGGAGUUGAAGCGCCGCAUUCAGAUGCUGGAAAGUGCAGAGCAGGAGAAAAAUAUCUUGGAAAAGGAAAAGCAAGAUUUGGAGAAACGCAUCCAGACGAUGCAAAGCAAAGAGCGCGAAAAGGAUGCGCUUGCCAAAGAAAAGAUUGAAAUGCAGCAGCGCAUUCAGAUGCUAGAGGAUGCUGAGCAGAAGAAGCAAGAGAUUGAGAAAGAAAGAGAGGAGUUGAAGCGCCGCAUUCAGAUGCUGGAAAGUGCAGAGCAGGAGAAAAAUAUCUUGGAAAAGGAAAAGCAAGAUUUGGAGGAGAAACGCAUCCAGACGAUGCAAAGCAAAGAGCGCGAAAAGGAUGCGCUUGCCAAAGAAAAGAUUGAAAUGGAGCAGCGCAUUCAGAUGCUAGAGGAUGCUGAGCAGAAGAAGCAAGAGAUUGAGAAAGAAAGAGAGGAGUUGAAGCGCCGCAUUCAGAUGCUGGAAAGUGCAGAGCAGGAGAAAAAUAUCUUGGAAAAGGAAAAGCAAGAUUUGGAGGAGAAACGCAUCCAGACGAUGCAAAGCAAAGAGCGCGAAAAGGAUGCGCUUGCCAAAGAAAAGAUUGAAAUGCAGCAGCGCAUUCAGAUGCUAGAGGAUGCUGAGCAGAAGAAGCAAGAGAUUGAGAAAGAAAGAGAGGAGUUGAAGCGCCGCAUUCAGAUGCUGGAAAGUGCAGAGCAGGAGAAAAAUAUCUUGGAAAAGGAAAAGCAAGAUUUGGAGAAACGCAUCCAGACGAUGCAAAGCAAAGAGCGCGAAAAGGAUGCGCUUGCCAAAGAAAAGAUUGAAAUGCAGCACAUUGAGUUAGAGCAGUCUGAGCAGAAGAAGCAAGAGAUUGAGAAAGAAAGAGAGGAGUUGCUGCAGCGGGCCAAUGGCCGGGUCAAGCUGGAAAUGGCUGAGCUUCAGAGCAGAUGCCACAGCAGCGACGAGGCUGCCCAGCGCGAGGCGCAGACAUCCGAAAUCUUGCGCAUCGAGUUGCAAGCUGCAAAGGACUCGUUGUUGCAGCUGCGGGAGAAAAGGACAUCACGAAGUCACACGGAUGAGGCAGAAAAGCUUCAGACACAGCACGAGAUCAAUGAGCUCCAGGAGACCCUUCUCCGCCAUCAGAUGGAAUGCCGAGCACUGCACGGAGAGGUGGAACAGUCAAAGCUUGGUAGCGAAGCAGUGCAGCAGAGCUAUGCCCAGGAAAUCUGCCAGCUACGGAAGGAGGUCACACAACAAGGUUUGGCCAAGCUUGACAACGAACAGGCCAUUCAGAACUUAGAGAUGCUGGCAGAAUCACAAGAGGAACUUGGAAGCAUGUUGGAAGAACAGGCAGCCCGGCAGCAGCAGGUUAGACGUCGAAGCCACACGAUGGAAGAGCUUCGAGAAGAAUUCCAACAGCAAGGGACUGCCCUGCAAGACUUGUCGCAAAAAGUGGGUUUCUACCAGCAGGGUUUGCUCUCUGAAGAAGCUGUUUUGGAGCGAGCGGAAGUGGAGCUGGCAGAGUGGCAAGAAGAAUAUCAAAGUGCUCACAAAGAGGCCAACCGGAGCUCAAAGUUGGAGGAACAGGCAGCUUUGACGUAUCAGGUGGAGCUUUUGGCAGCCCAGGAUGAUGUUCGAAAGCUGAAGAAGUCAUUGGUGGACGUGUCAGUGCAAAGGUCGGAGACUGCCGCAAAGCAACGCGAAGAUGCACAGCAGGUCAGACAGAGAGAGCAGGAACUCGCCGCAAGAGCUUCCCAACUUGAAAUGAGGUGUAAAGCUCAAGAACAUCAACUCCAGAUUGCAAUGCAGUCGAGGAAAUCGGAGGUGGAAAGUGAGGACCGCACAGGCUCGUCACUGGAGAAUAUGUGUGAGCGUAUUCGAGGGGAUUGCUAUCGCGAGCUGGAAUCCAUUGAGCUCUCUACUGCCUUGGCGCAGCAGGAAGCAUUUGAGCUGAAGGAAGCUCAACUGCAGAUGGAGAUCAAACAUGAUGUUCUGUUGGAAGAAGUCAGCCAAUGGAGAUCAGAAGGAUUGGAAGCUGCUGAAUACUCGAGGCAACUUGCAAGGCUGAACACGGAACUUGCCAGAGUGCAGAAAGAAUGUGAAGGCUUGAGGUGUUUGGAGGUGAACCAGCCACAUGCAGAUCUGGUUCAGAACGAGGAGGCUACAGCCUUUGCUGAAGCUUUGCAAUUGGAGCUUUUUGAUCUCAAGGAAGAGAUGUUGCAGUUGGAGCAGCAGUCCGUGGCAGACGCCGAUGCCGCGCAAAGGUCCCAACGGACGAUUGCAGCCCUACGCACGCAGAAUGAGAAGCUGCGGCACAAAUACGACGAGGCGAGGCUUUCGGAAUCUGAAGCCACUGCCAUGGCCAUUGAUCUCGCGCUGAAGUCCCGAGGUCAUGAACUGUUUGAGGACAUGGCAUCUCAGAGCCUGGGCGAUAUAUAUAUAUCACAAAUGUUUGAAUGCAUUAUGGACAGUAUAUUUCCCCCCUUAAACCCUGGAAUAUUUGGUGGGUAA